CUAAGGACCGUUCUUUUAUCGCUAAUCAAGUCCGUCACUCCCGGGCUGGUUCACCUAGAUACAUCAUCCGCGCGCGUUGUAUGUCUCUAGUUCUGCCACAGUGACAAUCUCCCACGACAUAACUAACAAAUAAUUUCCUGCUAUGAAUGAUCUGAACGACUCAUGUUCCGCCGAAAUCGAGAAGGGCCAGGCCAAGGUCGACGCCGGCCUUCUCCCCCGAGACCACUAUAAACACCGUCUGCCGCGAUGGAGAUACAUGGCGCGGCAACGGCUGCUGCCGCUCGUGAGAUGGGAGACACCAUAUCUCGCGUGGAUGCAGGAGCACUGUCGCACGCCCUUCCUUGACUCCUACUUCGCGCUCACGGCGAAUCUGGGAACGCACACGUUCUUUAUGACCAUGCUGCCGAUGUUGUUUUGGUUUGGGUUCACAGAUCUUGGGCGAGGAGCUGUGCAUGUACUGGCGUCGGGUGUCUUCUUCAGCGGGUUUGUGAAGGAUCUGCUAUGCCUGCCACGACCGCUAUCGCCGCCUCUACACCGGAUCACGAUGUCGGGGUCUGCGGCGCUGGAAUAUGGCUUUCCAAGUACCCACUCGACGAACGCCGUUUCGGUGGCGCUUUACGGCCUACUCGCGCUCAAUGAUUCACCUAGCGUUCCGUCACAUGUCCGCGUCGGUCUGCAGUCGUUGGCCGCGGUAUAUACCUUCUCGAUCAUCUUCGGCCGGCUGUACUGCGGCAUGCACGGCUUCUUGGAUGUGAUAGUCGGGAUCACGCUCGGCGCAUUCCUUGCGGUCGUGCAAUGGGUGUUCCGGCAUGACAUAGAUGCCUACGUGUUUGGCGAUAGCUUCGUCCCCAUCUUGACUAUCGCGAUUGGGAUUCUGGUCCUGGUCAGGAUUCAUCCAGAGCCGGCGGAUGCGUGUCCGUGUUUCGAUGACGGCGUGGCGUUCGCGGCGGUCAUCUUUGGGGUUGAGCUCGGUAAUUGGCAUUACUCGAAGACCGUGUGGAGCUGGAACGAGCCAUCGCUCGGAACGGUCCCAUAUGAGUAUCAGCAGCUUGGGCUGGUAAAGUCCUUUCUGCGAGUUAUCGUAGGUAUCGUGAUCAUAUUUCUCUGGCGCGGAACUGCAAAGCCCACAUUCCACCACUUCCUUCCACCAAUCUACCGUCUGGUCGAACGCAUUGGCCUUCUGCUCCCACGCAAAGACUUCAUCUCCGCCUCAGAGUACAAGAAGGUUCCCCAGCUGCCAGAUGACACUCUCCCCUCCCUCGACGAGCUUCCCUCCCUUGUCCGCUCCAUCCGGCGUCCACGCUCCGACUCGGUCGGCCCACAGUCCGCCGCCGAUGCCUACGAAACCCUGGCAUACCGCGAGAUGCGGCGGCGGGAGAGUAACGCCGCAUCCACUGCCCCCAAACCGAGGGAGGUGGAUAAAUACGAGAGGGAGAUGGGGACAGGAGUGGUCGAUGUGGAUGCUCUCUACAGAGGGAAUCAUGAUUGCGAGCAUGAUUAUGCCUGUGGAAAUAGUGAGGGCGAGGAGGAGAGGGAGGUGUUUAGACGCAUUGAACCGUUCAAACCACGCGUUAGAUAUGAUGUUGAGGUCGUUACGAAGCUGGUGGUUUAUGCUGGAAUCGCCUGGUGGGCCGUCGAGGGUGCUCCUAUCAUCUUUGAGCUCGUGGGCCUGGGAAUGGGUGCUGUGGGGGCAGUGAUAUGAUACCUAUCCACUUGCUCAAUUGGGUUGUGUAGGUGUGAUGAUACAAUUUAUAUGGUUGUCCUGUUUAUCUGGGAGAAUGGCGAGAUGGGGGAGUGGGGUGCUCAUAGUAAUGGAAUGCGUGGUUCCCCGUCACUCGACUGUACUCUAUGGCAAAAACUUGUAUCUGUAUGCGUGCGGGCCAGCCGUCAUAUAAUAUCACUCGGAAA